AUGGCUCUCUCGCUUCUUUUAGUCUUCACCUUUCUUCAAGUCUUUACCAAUGUUUCUUUACCUACGUCACCGACGUCCCCGGCAAUCAAACCACCGUCUCCGUCAUACAAGCCACCAUCAUUUCCUACUACUCCGAUUAAACCACCGACCAUUACACCACCAGUCAAACCCCCAACCACUCCGGUUCCACCCACAUCACCACCUACGUACAAACCUCCAACUGUUAAACCACCUACAACAACACCAGUUAAACCACCACCGGUUCAACCACCUUACAAACCCCCAACUCCACCGGUUAAGCCACCAACGUUAUCACCAGUCAAACCACCACCUGCCUACAAACCCCCUACACCAACGGUUAAACCACCAACAACACCAUCGGUUCAACCACCUAUGUACAAACCCCCAACGCCACCUGUUAAGCCACCCACGAUACCACCAGUCAAACCACCUACAGCGCCGGUUAAACCAACCCCAAUACCUCCAUAUAAGGCACCACCGGUCAAACCAACCCCACCACCGCCAGCUAAACCACCAGUCAACCCAAUCCCAUCACCUCCGGUCAAUGCACCACCUGUUAAGCCACCGUCCAAACCUCCGACACCGCCUCCCGUUAGACCUCGGAUUAAUUGCGUGUCUUUAUGUGGGACUCGAUGUGGCCAACACUCAAGGAAGAACGUAUGUAUGAGAGCGUGCGUCACGUGCUGCUACCGCUGCAAGUGCGUUCCUCCUGGCACGUACGGUAAUAAGGAGAAGUGUGGAGCUUGUUACGUCAACAUGAAGACACGUGGUGGCAGACCCAAGUGUCCUUAA